ACAUAAAACCCUAGAUAUUAACUCAUCAAAAGAAUCCCACCGGUGGUUGUGAGAAUGCCCAAUCAAAAAUGGUGCACUUGUAGAUCAACUAGUACUUUUGUUGUUUUUAAAACUUUUGGUCAAAGUGUUGACAUAGAACUGGGUCAAACUGUGAUCAUCAUCAUCAUCCUUAAUUACACGAUUAAACACUAAUAUUCCUUAAACAAAACAAAACCAUAUCCUACAUAUAUUGACUUGGUCUGCUUCUGUGUCUGCUAUUCUAAGAAGGUCCAGGACCUUAAGAACCUCAAACAGAUUUUGUCUGUUGUCUAGAUGGAUCAAAUCCAAAAGGCAGUAUACUAUUGCUCAGUAUCAAAAGGGGGUCGAAUUCUGUAUUCUUAUAUUGGUGGAGGAGAUGAUGAGAUUGAGAACUUGGCUGGACUGUGCUUGGAAAAAACACCUUCUUAUCAUAAGUGGUAUUUUCAGACCAUGGCUAAAAGGACUUUUGGGUUUUUGAUGGAAGAGGGGUAUGUUUAUUUUGCUAUUGCGGAUGAGGGUCUUGGUAACGGUGAAGUUCUUCGGUUUCUAGAGCAAUUGAGGUACGAAUUCAGAAAGGUGGCUAGAAAGGGUUCUGGCCGGAGUAUGUCGAAUUUGAACUCACUUUGUGUACAAGAACAACUAGUUCCUGUUAUUCGACACUUGAUUACUUCGUUGGAGCAUGUAUCUGGAUGGCCAGCAGAUACUCCUCCACAGCACGGUGGCAACAAUGCCAAUGGACAAAUUGAGGGGAGUGGAUCUUCGACAAGAGCCCCUUUGUUGGCCAAGCCUAGUAGACAAGACAAGAAGAAAAUGAAGGAUCAUGCAAUUGCAAUGAGAGGUAUUGAGUUGGAGGAGCACCGGAAAUCUACGGAACGAGCUAAGGUUGAUUCAGGAGUUACUGAUCCAAAUAAUCAAGGUGCAGGAGUUCUUCCUCCACCUAUGGUACAAAAGGAGUUUGGCUUGGUGAGGACUAGAUCAGGCUCUCAAAACUUCCAAAGGAGGUGGUGUCGCCAAGUACGGAUUGUUCUUGCCAUUGAUGCUGCAGUAUGUGUUGUGCUAUUUGUGAUUUGGUUAGUUAUAUGUCGAGGUACAAAGUGCCUUCGCUGAGGUCAUUGUUCAAAGUUUUGAAACUACUCCAGCCACAUUAUUGAAGAAGAUGGAUAAUGAAUUUCACAGCUUCUAUGCGUAUGUCCGAGUAUAAAUUUCUUUGCACUUUAUAUAGGAACUUAUUGUACAGUGAUCUCUUGUUUAUGGAUAUAGGAUAUAGUGCGCUACAGCAUAUCUGGAGGUUCUUGUUUGGCUAAUAUAGUCCGUGCUUGCAGCUCCAACUUUCUUGCCAGAACCGAAAGUAGUGUGCUUCCUGUGAUUAUUUUGAAGCUUUUGUUUUUUCAGUUAGUGUUUUUGUAUAUUUAGAACUCCCUGCUUUUAUGUGCACAAAACAUGUUUUUAUCAUCUCCCUUGCCUUUCUGUCAUACAUACUCUGAAGUAAAAUACAAUACAGCAUUUGUCUGC